CUCGUCGCAAUGUGAGCUGCUCAAUCGCUCCGUCGCAGGAGUCACCAUCAAGAAUUUUACAAAGCACGCUUCUAGCUCGUUCGUGUGACCAUGGCAGGCGAUAAAUCACCCCGACCCACACCCAAAGACGCAUCUCCAUCCUCGACAACAGCAACCGAUCGCCUCGCCCAAGUCAGCGCACACAUUACGCCCAACACACCCAAGCGUCGCCGCCGAAAAGCUGCAGACUCAGACCUACCAGCUGACUACUCAGAUAUUCUAGGUCAAAUCAGCACCUUACAAAAACUCGCGGCAACCCCAGACCCCAAGAACAGAGGCUAUGUGCGGCAGAAGCAGGCAGGCAAGCUGUGGGUGCGGGAAAAAGUUGAACAGUUGCUCGACCCGGGGAGCUUUCAAGAGGUGGGAAGUGUGAGUGGGACUGUGAGGUGGAAGCAGACGGGGCCGAGUAAGGAAGAGCCGAUUGAUUAUGUGCCGUCGAAUAACGUGCAGGGGUUUGGGAGGCUAAGGGGGAGGAAGAUAGUUUUUACGGCGGACGAUUUUUCGAUUAGAGCGGGACAUGCUGAUGGUGCGUUGAUGGAGAAGACUAUUUAUAUGGAGAAGCUCGCCAUUGCUCUCAAACUGCCUAUCGUCAAGCUUGUUGAUGGUUCGAGCGGUGGGGGGUCAGUCACCACGAUUCGAUCGACUGGCUUCUCCUACGUGCCUCCACUGCCUUCCUUCUCGCAAGUCGUACAACAGCUGAACCUAGGCAUUCCCAACCUCGGUGCCGUAGUAGGUCCCGCCAUCGGCCUCGGAGCCGCGAGAGUAGUAGCUUGCCACUUCUCCGUCAUGGCCGCAGACAUCGGCUCGCUCUUUAACGCCGGCCCCAGCGUUGUUGCAAAUGCGACUUUCGAGGAAGGUUUGUCGUUCACAGACCUUGGUGGACCAGCCAUGCACUGCACAAACGGCACCAUCGACAACCUCGCCCCAGAUGAGGCAGGCUGCUUCGAACAGUUACGCACUGUACUCAGCUAUCUGCCAGACGUCGGUACGAAGAUGCCACCAACCGUCGACUGCUCCGACCCCAUCGAUCGAGUAUCCUCAAACCUCCGUACCAUCAUCCCACGCGCAAAGAAUAGGAUGUACAACCCUCGCCUUAUCAUUACAGAAGUCGUAGACCGGGGCUCUUUCUUCGAGAUUGGUGCUCUCUGGGGCACCACCGCCAUCGUCGGGCUCGCGCGCCUCUCCGGCCAACCGGUGGGCGUCGUGUCUCUAAACUGCGAGGUCAACGCGGGCGCGCUCGACGCGCUCGGGUCGCAAAAAAUAACGCGGAUGCUGAAGUUCCUAGACGUGUUCAACAUCCCUUUGCUCCAGUUUGUAGACAUCCCGGGGUACGCUAUUGGUACAGUGGCAGAGCGCACGGCGACGAUGCGACACGGCGUUACGCUUGGUGCGACGUACUAUGCGACCACUAUGCCCAUCUUCAGCGUGAUUGUAAAACGUGUGUAUGGUGUUGCGGGCGGGAUUAUGCUGGAUUGCCGGGACCCGCGGAUGCGCGUUGCCUGGCCAUCCGGACUCUGGGGAUCGUUGCCGUUGGAAGGCGGUAUCGAAGUUGGGCAUUCGUUUGAACUCAAGGAAAUCGAAAGGAAGGAGGGAAAGGAGGGAAGGGGUCAAAGGUACAAGGAGCUAGAAGACGAGUACAAGAGGCUGAUGAACCCGGUCAGGACGGCAAAUGCGUUUGGCGUCGAGGAGAUUAUUGAUCCAGCACAUACGAGGAGGGUGUGCUGUGAGUGGGUGGAGCAUGUGUAUGAGAGUUUGUUGCCGCAGAGGGUCAUGGAGAGGGUUGCUGGGAAGCUGAAUCCAAUGUUUACAUAG